CGGAGCUGCCUGACCUGUUCACGCCGAGUAAACGUGUACAGGGAAGCUUGAAGGAACAUUAUUAACCAGGUCGAUCUUAUCGCUAAAUACGACCAUCGAAAAGAAACGGAACCAGAGGGGGGGUUUGGGGUGUUUGGUUGCAAUCGUUGGCUGCUGAUUGGACUACAUCUGCAGCAAAUAGCAAGCGCGAAAGUGGGAAUUGUGUUGGGCCCGGUUUUAUCGCACAGUUUUGGUUGUGGAGCGAGAGUUUUUUGUCGGCUAAACACAUGGCAGAAGAGAUUUUUUAAAGGGACUAGUCGAGUACAUGUGAAGUCCGGUGGCUAGCAACAUACCUCAUCGACGGAAUAGGUGCUGUUCAAAGGUUUUUGCCAGUCACAUUUGUGCAGCGUAAAAUGGCUACACUUGCAAUUCCAGCAAACACCAGGGUUCUUUUAUUGGACAUUGAAGGAACGACUACACCAAUCACGUUUGUUAAGGAUGUUUUAUUCCCAUACAUUAAGGAGAAUCUAGAGGACUACUUGUCUGCACACUGGGAAGAGGACGAAUGCAAGCAAGAUGUGCAUCUGUUAAAAAAACAGGCGGAGGAGGACACCAGGCAGCACCGAGCUGGCCCGGUCCACGUCCUGGACCAGACAGUGCACACAGACGAGGAGAAGGCAAUCCGCGAGGUGAUGGACAAUGUCCUGUGGCAGAUGGCAGCGGACAGGAAGACCACCGCGCUCAAGCAGCUGCAGGGGCACAUGUGGAGGGCGGCCUAUGUCGCGGGGAAAAUCAAAGGCGAAGUUUACCAGGACGUAGCUCCAGCCAUCCGAAGGUGGAGGAGGCACGGCAUCAAGGUCUACAUCUACUCUUCGGGCAGUGUGGAGGCACAGAAGCUACUGUUUGGAUACUCCGUCGAAGGAGAUCUUCUAGAUUUAUUCGAUGGGCACUUUGACACCAACAUAGGCGCUAAAGUGGAGAGCAAAAGCUAUCAGAGGAUUGCAGACAGAAUUGGCUGCCCACCUGAAGAUAUUUUGUUCUUGACAGAUGUCACAAGAGAGGCCAGGGCGGCGGAGGAGGCGGGGGUGAACGUGGCCGUGGUGGUGCGGCCGGGAAACAUGGAGCUGACCGAGGAGGAGAAGGCCCACUACAGCCUCGUCACGUCCUUCGGUCAGCUGGAAGUGGCGGGGUCGGCGUGAUGGCGCGGGGUGGGGAGCGCGCUGGCUCGCUCAUUCACUCACAGAACUGCCUGUCUGAAACGGGAAGGGGGGAUGGGGUGGGAACGCUGGAGGUGGGUACGCAGGUCAG